AUGACGUAUCUACAGGAGUUAUUCAAUCAGGCAAUUCAACCCUUGCCUGCAAUUGAUGACGACAGCUUCGCGUCCCAUUUCGAUACAUUUGCCGGUAAACAGCUUGUUCUAUUAGGUGAUGGCAGCCACGGCACCUCGGAAUUUUACUCUGCACGAGCAGAAAUCACCAAACGACUCGUCCAAAAACAUGGCUACACAAUCAUUGCCCUCGAAGCAGAUUGGCCCGAUGCUGAGGCCAUCGAUCGCUACGUUCGCAUGCGACCGGGACCUAAAGCAGGUAUAGGUGGCAUAGCUAAGGGACACGAACCAUUCAACCGAUUUCCAUCAUGGAUGUGGCGCAACCGUGAAAUGCAAGACUUGGUGGAAUGGGUACGCGACUGGAACAUGCGCCAACCACCAGAAAACCGCGCAGGUUUCUACGGCUUGGAUCUUUACAGUAUGGGGGCCUCUAUCCGUGCAGUCAUCGAUUAUCUUGACGGCAUAGACCCCGCAGCAGCCAAGGUGGCGAGAAAGCGAUACGGUUGCUUGGAACCAUGGGUGGAAGAUCCUACUUCAUACGGACUGGCCUCCCUGCACGGCAUGAAAGACUGCGAAAGCGAGGUUAUGGGUAUUCUGCAAAAUCUCCUCAACCGGAGGAUGGAAUAUACUGAGAAAGAACUUGUGGGCGGUGGCGACUCGGAGGAGGAGUUCCAGAGCGGCAAGCAGAAUGCCUAUCUGGUACGCGACGCAGAAAAAUACUAUAAAGCAAUGUAUUGGAGCUCGGCAAUGUCAUGGACAAUGCGAGACACGCAUAUGUUUGACACUCUGCAUCGACUGAUGCAGCACCGACCACCACCUAAACAUAAAGCAAUUGUCUGGGCUCACAACUCGCAUGUCGGUGAUGCCCGUUACACCAGCAUGGGACUUCGUCGGAAUGAGGUCAACAUCGGCCAGUUAUGCCGGGAAAGACUAGGUCGGGAAAAUGUCUGCAUUCUUGGCUGUGGGACUCACACCGGUACCGUUGCAGCUGCUCAUGACUGGGACGAGGACAUGGAGAUGAUGGAUGUUAAUCCUUCGAUGGAUGAAAGUUGGGAAAUGAUAGCUCAUCAGACCGGUGUCCCGAGUUUCGUGGUUGACUUUCGUCGCGGUGGUUUGGAUCGAUCUCUGCGAGCGGCAAUGGCAGCUGAGGAUAGAGUUGAAAGAUUCAUCGGUGUGAUAUAUCGACCCGAUACCGAGCGAACUUCCCAUUAUUCCCACGCAUUUCUUCAUGAGCAGCUUGACGGGUAUAUUUGGUUUGACCGCACCGAAGCCGUGAAACCUUUGGAGACUAUCCAGCCGAAGACAGCUCUUGGAAAAGAAGAAACAUAUCCCUUUGGUCUAUGA